CCAGGCUUGCAGGUGUUGGCCACAGCCUCACACUACUGGCCUCUGGAUGCUGUGGACGGAAUCCAUGAACUAUGGGACCAGAUCGGAAACAAACCAGGCUAUGUUAACGGAACUAACAUAAACAUUGUUGAAGGAAUGGUCAACAAGGGCAUCUUUCUGAAUGGAGAUAAUGGCGGUACCUUUCUUCACUUUGGGAACUACCAAAACACUUGCAUUAGUGACCCAACUUUGUGUGGCCCUCAGGGGAUUACUUUUUCCUUUUUUUGGAAAAACCAUGAGGCAGAGUCACGUUUUGCUGUAGCCUCUGGAGGGAAAGUUAUCUCCAAUGGCUUCUCUGUCUAUAUCAAUAACUUUGGAGGAUAUGUGGAGUUUUACACUCGAGGCAACAACCACAGAUGGAAGGCUAACAUCAGAGUUCCAGGGCCCUACUGGACCCACAUUCUCUUCACAUGGACAAAAAUGGAUGGUCUGAAGGUUUACAUCAAUGGGACCUUCACUGCUGGUGACACAGCUGGUGGUGUCUCAGAGAAUUAUGGCGACCCCUACCCUGACCUUGUCAUUGGAACUGGCAGCGACAAGGCCUAUGGUCACUAUGUAACAGGCGCCUUUGACGAGUUUGUCAUCUGGGAAAGGGCUCUUUCACCUAGAGACAUUUUGCUCUACUACAAUGCAGCCAUAGGUCAAGCCAUGGUCUCUGCCACAACACCCAGAGUCUCCAAGGAGGUUACUUUAACUACACCACCAGUUAGGACCUCCGAAGUGAGUCCUCCUGUCGUCAGUAGUCAGCGGGAUGAGGACCAAAGCUUCCAUACCCCGAAGUCCAUGGAAGUGUUGAGUUUCCUGCCCAAUAGGACCAUUCCUCACAACACUGCCAAUAACCUCACACAGGGCUUUCUCAAAAGUGUAGAAGAAGUGCUGUCUUCUCCAGGGUUACCAGAGCAGUCCACCCCUGUGGUCAGCGGGCUGAUCGAGACCGUGGACAUAGUGAUGGAACACAUGGUGACUAACCUGGAGCCCAGCUCAAACUCUCUCAUCUCCCUGGGUGGAACAUCUUUUGUUGCAGAUUACUCUCUGAUGAAACUCCCACAGAACUACAACCUGCCACAUUACCGCUUCCCCACACAGGGCAAGAACUACAUCUCUGUUCCUGGGGAGGCUUUCACCAUGCAUUCUCAAACCACCAUUGUUGGCCUCUUCUACCACAACAUGCACAGCUAUUAUAAAGAGAUCAGCCCUCUGAAGACAAGGAUUAAUGAAGCUGGACACUUCAAGGAUCACAAGAUCCAGGUUGCCAGCUGUCUAAUCUCUCUGAAAGUGGAGCCUUCACCAGCCCUGUCACCAAACCUCUCCGGGGCACCACUCAUCAAGAUUGUGCUCACACAUGUCCUGACUAAAGAACAGCAGGACCAAGUCCAAAAUCAGAGCAACAAAGUCUUCCUCUACUGUGCCUUCUUGGACUACAGUUCAAGGGAGGGCGUAUGGUCCAACCAAGGUUGUGUACGCUCAGAGGGAAAUAUGACAUACUCUGUGUGUUUGUGCAACCACCUCACCAACUUUGCCAUUCUUAUGCAAGUGGUGCCCUUAAAGCUCACCUCCAACCACCAGGUGGCACUAUCAACCAUAGGUUAUGUUGGCUGCUCAAUUUCUGUCUUCUGUCUUGCCAUCACUCUGGUUACCUUUGCUGUCCUGUCGUCGGUGAGUACCAUCCGUAAUCAGCGCUACCACAUCCACGCCAACCUGUCCUUCGCCAUCCUGGUGGCAGAGAUUUUACUUCUUAUCAGCGCUCGCUUCGACCCAGGCACGCUACCUUGUAAGAUAAUGGCCGUCCUUCUUCACUUCUUCUUUCUGAGUGCCUUUGCCUGGAUGCUGGUGGAGGGCCUCCACCUCUACAGCAUGGUGGUCAAGGUGUUUGGCUCGGAGGGAAGCAAGCACUUCUACUACUAUGGCAUUGGUUGGGGCUCCCCCCUAGUGAUCUGUGUGGUGUCUAUGACAUCAGCUCUGGACAGUUAUGGAAAGGUUGACAACUGUUGGCUAUCACUGAAGAAUGGAGCCAUUUGGGCGUUUGUGGCCCCAGCUCUGUUUGUUAUUGUGGUUAAUAUUGGCAUUCUGAUAUCUGUGACCAGAAUCAUAUCUCGAAUCAGCGGAGAGAAUUAUAAGGUUCACGGAGAUGCUAACGCAGUCAAGCUGACUGCAAAGGCAGUGGCUGUGCUCCUGCCUAUACUCGGCAUUUCAUGGAUCUUUGGCGUUCUUGCUGUCAACACAAGCUCACUGCCAUUCCUAUAUAUCUUUGCUGUAUUCAACUCAUUACAAGGGUUCUUUGUCUUCUUGUUUCACUGUCUUCUCAACUCUGAGGUCAGAGCUGCUUUCAAACACAAGACCAAAGUGUGGUCUCUGACCAGCAGCUCUAUCCGAAACAUCAAUGUGAAACCCUUCAACUCGGACAUUAUGAACGGGAACAAAGAAGGUGUGACUCCCACCAAGAUGAACACGUGGGACAAAAGCACCAACUCAGCCAAUCGCAUCGACCUCUCUGCUGUGUAGAACAACAGAUUAUUUCUGUCUGUGGCAGCAGAGCAAUCGAAGCUCACAGUGUAAAACGACAAACACUGGCCAGAGUAUAAUCCCACCACCAUGUGUGAUGAAUCGGUCACUUAAAUGAAAGUGAUACCAAAGACAGUGUUGUGUAGCUGAAUAAUAGAUUCACCAGUGUUAAAGACAAACAGACUCUAAGGACUGUGCCUUUUCAUUGUCUUAUAAAAACAUGUUCUGUUCCCAAAUGCAAGAACAGGGAUUUCUAAGAAGGUUGUGAAGUGACAAGGUGAGUGUAUUAGUGUUGUGGAGCAUCUCACUUCGUCUGUUGCAUGGUCCGUCUGAAUAUUGCAGUUGAUUUACUAAAUAACAAGAAGUUAUUUAAAAGAAUAGUUUGACAUUUUGGAAAAUAUAUUUAUUUGCUUUUUUACUGAGAUUUAGAUGAAAUGACUGAUCAGUAAACAUGAAGCUACUGCCAGUAGCUGGCUAGCUUAGACUAGAAACAGGGAAAACAGCUUGCAUGGCUCUGACCGGUUCUGCCUACCUGCACCUCUAAACCCCAUUAUUUAACACAAUAUAUUUCAUUUAUUUAAUCUGUACAAACACAGAAGUGUAAAAAUGCCUCACUGUGGUUUUGAAGUUAUGUGCCGGCCUAGAUAGCUUUGUUUCCCUCUAUUUCCACAUUUUGUGCUAAACCAAGCUAAAUUAAGCUGCAGUUGGUGGUGGAUUUUGCAUUUCACAGGCACACAUAAGAGUAGUUGUGAUCUUUUCAUCUAACCAUCAGAAAGAUGACAAAUAAGUUUAUUUACCAAAACUAUUCAUUUAAAUCACAUUGAUCUGUUUUGACAUGUAAUUUAUUUCAUACAAUAAAAUAGUGUAGUUAGUUUGAUCAGCUUUACUAGUAGCAAAUGUAACAUUAAAUUUAGAUUUGGAUAAAAAAAAGACCAAGAAAACCAGUGUAUUUUUCUGAAAUACAGUGUUAGAUUUAUGUUUCAAAAACAAUGACCUAAUGGUUCUACCAUCUGAUAACAGUAUUCAUAAUUACAAAGACCAAUUUGCUUAUUUUACAUAAAUGUCUCGUCACACUUUAAUCCAGCUUUUGGGCCAGCGCAGCGCAAUGCCUGCAUAAUAACAAUGGUUGAAUUAGCAGUGAAUUAGACCCUUUGAAAUUCUGAUACUGUAUUUAUUUAUUUUGUGAUUUUGAGUAUUGUAUCAUGUCUUCUGCAAAGUGUCAGCAAUCAGUGUGUUCACAUAUUAAAAUUAAUGUUUAUUUGUGUGUUUUCUUUCUGAAAAUGAACUGCAGUUUAUGCUUUUUGUGGAAUAGUGAAUGCUGGUUAUGUUUUGGACACAAUUCUGUGAAGUUUUAUAGUGUAUUUAGUUAAUUCUGUGGAGAAUUUACUUCACAAAUUCAUACAUAUGGAAUAUGUUGUGCGGCAGAUGUAUUUGAUAAGGUUAUUGCUUUUUUCUUAACAUACUGUGAGAAUAGAGGGAAGCGACACAUUUUAAAAUGUUAUUUUUUACACUGUAUCAACGUUAAGUUCCCUAAAACAUGAUUUACUGUAAAUCACUUUAUGCUCUCUUCAUGUCUGAUAGUGAAAUAGUUCAGUAUUUCUAAGCCUGCAUAUUUUAAUGAUUGUUGGCCUAUGGUACUA